AUGUCGUGGUCGGCCAGCUGGAUCUAUGCCGUCCUGGGAUCGGCCUCUGUGCACUUUUUGCUUCUGGCGCUGAGAAGUGUCGCUCCUGCAAGAGCUGCUUGGUGCUGGCCAAGCAAGACGCCUCGUUGCCUGCUGCCGGACGUCCCUGGCGGGGCAUGCCUCCGUAACGAGACUGAGGUGUUGGAGCUCCUCCCAGGCGAGAGCUGUUCUCCGAGCUGCACGAAGGGGAAGGGGGUUCUGGCCGGAUCGUGCACGGAGUUGAGAUGUCCGCCAUCUGGACCUGGGCCCACAUGCCUUGAUGACCUCGAAGCUGACACAUGGUGGACGCCGUGCGGUUACGGCUCGGAAUGCCAGAAUGUGCUCGAGCUGGGCAGCCCAAGAUGGCAUGCAUUUGGCCACUACAGCUGCAAACAACCCGGAGCUGCCGGGUUUGCGCUUUGUGAGUCUAUUGUCGAAGCAAGACUCCCACAGAAGGUUUCGUCAUUGCAAAAUGUGGACAUGUCGACUGCUGUCUCCCUUGGCGUGCUGGCGGUGCUUGCGAGGUUCAGCCGCUUGAUCGCUGAGUGCGUGUCCUACAGUUGGUACCGGGGCAGUGUCGCACGCUUCCUUUACGGCCAAGCUUUGGUGCAGUGGUCCCUGGUCAAUGUCCUUGGGGUGCUCUGUCUUGCUGUCAUGUGCCUUUGGUUGUGCCUGCUGCCUUUCCCACAGAAGUCCAGCGGCCUCGCAGCAGGGUUCAGCGCAGUCAUAACCGUGAGUUGGGCUUUCUCCAGGGCUGGAAUCCACAGUUAUGUUCUCAUGAGGCGAGAGGCGGCUUGGCGCAUACACUACAUUUGCGGGGCGCUCACCAUCGUGAUCACCAGCGCCCAUGGGGCACUCAAUCUGGCGGAGAAUGGCAUCCUUCGGGUUCUCUCCAAUCCAUACUGGUUCUGUGGGCUUGCCGGUCUCCUUGCGAUGAUCAUGGCAGUUCUACCUGCCACGCUGCGCAGGCUACCAUACGACCGAUUCAAGCAGCUACAUUUCCUGAGCGUUGCCGGAUACUUCCUCGCCCUGGUACACAUGCUGGGGCAUGCUUUGCAGCUACAGACGAUUGCGUCGGUCACGAUGGCAGCAGUGAGUGCUUCACUGUUCUGUUUCUAUGGGCUUCAGAAGUUCUACGUUCGCAUGUCCGCGUAUCAUGCGGAAGUCCUAUCGGCAAGCGUCGUGCCCUUUGGAUCUGGCAAGCAUCUCUUUCUGUCCCUGGCAGCCGAAGGUUUCUCCUUCAAGGCUGGACAGUGGGGUCACCUCCUUGCAGAGCAAAUCUCUUCAGUUCCUCACCCCUUCACGUUGGUACCUGGAGAAGGACAUGGGAAGCUGCAAAUCUUCAUCAAGGUCCACAGCGGCUUCACAGACAAGCUUGCCAAAGCCUGUCAGCGUGAGCGCGGACUGGAGUUGCGAUUAAAGCUGGAAGGGCCCUACGGGCUGCCUCCGGCCCUUGCCGGGAGUUGCUCGGAUGGUCUUCGUACUCGGUGGGGUCGGAGUCACACCCGCCUUGUCCUUGGCACCAGCAGCAGCUCAGAAAGCUCAGAAAGUGUGUAUCUUCUGGUCUUUGAGGAGCCUAGCCCUCUUGGAAAAGGUGGCACCGCUGCUGGAGCCCCACCUAGACUCAAGAAGUUCUGUGCAAAUCGCUCUGCCAGCGGGUGA